CGUGGUUUCCGGUUUCGGUACGGCUGCGAAGGCCCUUCGCACGGGGGGCUGCCGGGAGCAUCCAGCGAGAAGGGGCGCAAGACAUAUCCCACUGUGAAGAUCUGCAACUACACAGGGAUGGCCCGAAUCGAGGUGGACCUGGUGACCCACAGCGACCCUCCACGGGUGCACGCCCACAGCCUCGUGGGCAAGCAGUGCAAUGAGGCCGGCAACUGCAUUAUGACUGUAGGACCCAAGGACAUGACUGCUCAGUUCAACAACCUCGGCGUGCUCCACGUCACCAAGAAGAACAUGAUGGAGAUCAUGAAGGAAAAAUUGAAGCAGCAGAAGAUGCGCAACAGUAGUCAUCUGCUGUCGGAUGCUGACCUGCGUGAGAUCGAGCUGGAGGCGAAGGAGCUGAAGAAGGUGAUGGACUUGAGCAUUGUGCGGUUGCGCUUCACUGCCUACCUUCGUGACAGCAGCGGGAACUUCACGCUGGCCCUGCAGCCUGUCAUCUCGGACCCCAUCCAUGACAGCAAGUCCCCAGGAGCUUCCAACCUGAAGAUUUCGCGAAUGGAUAAGACAGCAGGCUCAGUGCGGGGAGGGGAUGAGGUCUACUUGCUGUGUGAUAAAGUUCAGAAAGAUGACAUUGAGGUUCGUUUCUAUGAGGAUGAUGAGAACGGCUGGCAAGCCUUCGGGGACUUCUCCCCCACGGACGUGCACAAGCAGUAUGCCAUUGUCUUCCGCACGCCCCCGUACCACAAGCCUAAGAUCGACCGCCCCGUCACAGUCUUCCUACAGCUGAAGCGGAAGCGAGGGGGUGACGUGAGCGACUCCAAACAAUUCACCUACUACCCUGUGGUGGAAGAUAAGGAGGAAGUGGAGAGGAAGCGCAAGAAAGUCCUGCCCCAGUUUCCCCAGCACUUUGGUGGGGGCUCACACAUGGGGGGCGCUGGUGGGGGUGCUGGGGGUUUUGGCUCUGGUGGAGGCGGGAACCUGAGCUACCCCUACUCGCCCGGGCUGGCGUACAAUAACAUCUAUUCAUCCGGCCCGCACCCUGUCGGGGGCUACCAGGGCGGCGUGCAGAUGAAGGCCCCCAGCACAGAUGGGGAUGGGGGCGACAGGCAGGUGCCCAUGGAGAGCAUGUACUGCCAGGAGCUGCAGAAACACGCCCAGAUCUGUCACCUGUGGAUGCUGGCGCUGGCCCGUCGCAAUGCCCAUGCCCUGCUCGACUACUCUGUCACUGCUGACCCCCGCAUGCUGCUGGCAGUCCAGAGGCACCUGGCUGCUUCGCAGGAUGAGAAUGGAGACACGCCUUUGCACCUUGCUAUUAUCCAUGAGAAGACAGCUGUGAUCAAGCAGCUGAUCGAGGUCAUUGUUACUAUCCCCAACCAGCAGAUCAUUAACGUGGCCAACAACCUGCAGCAGACACCGCUGCACCUGGCAGUCAUCACCAAGCAGCCCCACGUGGUCCAGCUCCUGCUGCAAGCCCGUGCUGACCCCACCUUGCUGGACCGCUAUGGCAAUUCCCUGCUGCACCUGGCUCUUCAGGCUGGCGAUGAAGAGAUGCUGAGGACGCUGCUAGCCCAUCUGGGCUCAGCUGCCCCUUAUCUGCUCUGUCUGCCUAAUUUCCAUGGCCUCCUACCUGUGCACCUGGCUGUGAAAGCAAAGAGUUUGGCCUGCCUGGACCUUCUGGUCAGGAAGGGAGCGGACGUCAAUGCUGUGGAGAGGCAGGGCGGGAGGACCCCGUUGCACCUGGCUGUGGAGAUGGAGAACCUGAACAUGGCCACCUACCUCGUGAAGAAGCUGGGAGCAGAUGUGAACAGCCGGACCUUUGCUGGGAACACCCCCCUGCACCUGGCUGCUGGCCUGGGCUCCCCCACCCUCGCCAAGCUACUCCUCAAAGCAGGGGCGGAUGUGCUGUGCGAGAACGAUGAGCCAGUGAGUCCAUCGUCGUCAGAAGCAAGCAGCGACACGGAUGCCGAUGCCGAGGAGCAGGAGCUGGGCAUGGAGCUGGAGCAGCCGACCCCCAGCACGGCACGCAGCUUGGACUCUGAUCCCACGGCUGAGCAGGGAUGCGGGGAGGCAGGCCCCAGGCAGCGCCGGUGCCACACACCCUUGGAUCUCACUCGGAGCCAGAAGGUGCGGGAGAUCUUGCUGCAGGCCUCGCAGCAGAGCCCUGAAUGUGAGCUGCCUGCUGCCCCCCGGCCAGGGAACAUCCUGUCCCUAGACAGUGAAACACUGCAGGGCCUGGAGCAGUUGUUGAACCAGGACUGCAGUGGUUCGGACUGGACCGAAUUGGCCAAGAGACUGGGGUUGUGCAGCUUGGUGGAGACCUACAAGGACACAGCUUCACCCAGCAUCAGCCUCCUGCGCAGUUAUGAGCUUGCAGGCGGCAGCCUGGGCGGGCUGCUGGAGGUGCUGGACUCCAUGGGGCUCCACAAGGUCGUGAGGAUGCUGCGCAAAACGGAGACGCUGGAGAAGCUGCAAAGCACAGACUCAGAAGAGCAGAAUAAAAAGUUUUGA